UCCGCUGCCGCCGUCUCCGCCGCGCCGGCUGUCGCCCCCGCCCCGGCAUGAGGAAACGCAACGAGUCGGUCACGGUGGAGCAUGAGCGCGCUGCCGCCGCCGCCGCCGCUGCUGCUGGUGCUGUGCCCGGGCCCCUCGACAAGGGCUGCAGCCUAAGGCACAGCCUGCGCCUGCCUGCCGCCGCCGCCGAGGGCAUGAAGCGACCGCUGGGCAGGCGACACGGAUUAUGGUUUCGAUUGCGGAAGUUAAUAAUCUGGUUGCUGGGAGUGUACAUAGCCAUCCCAUUUCUAGUAAAACUUUGCCCUGCUAUUCAGGCAAAGCUGGUCUUCCUAAACUUUGUGAGGGUCCCAUAUUUCAUUGACUUGAAAAGACCACAGGAUCAAGGUUUAAACCAUACCUGUAAUUAUUACCUGCAGCCAGAGGAGGAUGUAACCAUCGGAGUCUGGCACACAGUCCCUGCAGCCUUAUGGAAGAAUGCUCGAGGGAAGGACCAGUUGUGGUUUGAAGAGGCUUUGGGCUCCAACCAUCCUGUAAUCCUCUACUUGCACGGCAAUGCGGGAACAAGAGGAGGGGAUCACCGUGUGGAGCUUUACAAGGUUCUCAGCUCCCUCGGGUACCACGUGGUGACGUUUGACUACCGAGGCUGGGGUGAUUCAAUAGGCAGCCCGUCAGAGAGGGGAAUGACCUACGAUGCCCUUCAUGUCUUUGACUGGAUAAAAGCACGAAGUGGAGACAAUCCUGUCUAUAUAUGGGGACACUCCCUGGGCACAGGGGUUGCAACAAAUCUAGUGAGGCGCCUUUGCGAGAGAGAAACGCCCCCGGAUGCCCUGAUACUGGAAUCUCCAUUCACCAACAUACGGGAGGAGGCACGAAGUCACCCCUUUUCUGUGAUAUACAGAUACUUCCCUGGGUUUGACUGGUUCUUCCUUGACCCCAUCACGACAAGUGGCAUUAAAUUUGCAAACGAUGAGAAUGUGAAAUACAUUUCCUGUUCGCUGCUUAUCCUUCACGCUGAGGAUGAUCCAGUGGUACCAUUUCAUCUGGGAAAAAAGCUUUACAACAUUGCUGCAACAUCACGGAGUUUCCGAGACUACAAGGUGCAGUUUGUUCCGUUCCACACAGACCUGGGCUACCGGCACAAGUACAUCUACAGGAGUCCAGAGCUACCUCGAAUACUGCGGGAAUUCCUGGGAAAAUCUGAACAUGAGCAUCAUCAUUGAAGAAUGGCUGCUUGUCAGCACAGAGAUUUUCCUUUCUUUCUUCCUUUCUCUCUCUCCUUUUCUUCCCUGCUCCCUGUGGGUCAGUCUGCCAUUCUUCCAUCCCUGGCAUUAGAGAAGGUCAGGGAUUUCCACUCCGGUCCUGAUGUGUACCCUUGUCAGCUCCAGCACCUGUGACAGCAGAAGAAGUUGUUGGCUUCUUUUCUUGACAUGGAUGGAGGGGUGAUAACAACCCAGGAGCCAGUACCAAAUCAUGAAAAACAUCAGCACAGCAAAGUCUGGCCAUCCCAAUGUGGUACCACUGAGGACAGAUGUUCUAGGACACUGUCAUGACCAAGGAUGUUUCACUUUUAAACAUUGCUGCUGGUUUUGGAUCAUGUAGAGAUUCAUUUGUAGGUGAACGGCUUUUGCCAUGUCUCCAUACCACAGUUGUCCUGCUUGGGUUUGAGGUGUUCUCUUUCUAGAAAAUGUUUUGCCUUUCCUUUUUGGUAAGUGACUAUAAUUACAAAUAUGUGGAAGAUCCAGGUAGUAAAAGGUAUUUUUAUUGAGCUCUUCAGUCACAAUGUGCUGCAAGUGUUGGGGUAAUUGAACACAUUUGAAAAUAAAAUGAAAGGCUUUUUUUUUUUUUUUUUAUUCUUCCAUUUGAAACAUCUAUUUAAUGGGAAAGGUUAGUGCCCUUUUAUCUUUCCUAUACCCUUUUCCUUCUGAAAGUCAUUUCUACUCCCAUCCCUGCUAUGUUCUGUGGGCCUCUUCCCCUUUUUCACAUGCACUUCCUGUUAGGAUUGAAAUGACAUGUGUAUAUAAAUUGCAAACUUGGGUGUUUAAGCCAGAAAGCGUGAGAUUACUUUUUUGUUUGAUCUCCCUUCCAUGAACAGUGUGUGCCCAGGCUGUGGGAAUGGAUAUCUUCCAUUUCCCCCGUACACACCCAGAGAGCCACGUACUUCCUUUCCUGGUGGGAAGGGCAAGGGUGUUUUUUUUUUUCCCCCUCAACUACUUUUUAAUUCCUUAGGUCAGGUUUUCUGGUUCCUGGUUACAAUGCUGUCCCACUGUAGUUAAAAGCAGGCAGUGGUGUGUAGUUCUUGAUGCAAAAAUAAAUCUGGGGUGUUGCUCCCCAUCUCUUCCUCCCCCUCCCUUCUGUGCACUCCCAGUAGCACGUCUCAGCCCCUUUGACAGCCAUGGCCGAAGCACAUUAUCCAGGAGACAGAAAUGGAAAUGAGCCUUUCUCACAGGGAGAGGUUCUGGGAAUGUCCCUGCCCUGCCUGGGGUGAGAACAGGGGCUGGUUUAUGCCACUGAAGAGCUCUGCACUGAGAUGGGAGAGGGUCAUACACUGACUCACUGGGAUCUGGCCCUGCCCCCAUCACUCUAUACAGACAGUACCAGGUGCUGUAGGUUUAGUCAUUAGUGCUCAGAAUGAAUUGUGCUGCCUCAAAGGUCUCUUCAGGGGUGUACAGCAUAGUAUAAACUGCUCAGCAUGCAUCCCAGUUAUAUCUGCAGGCUCAUACUAGUUGCAAAAGAGACACUAGCUUGUUCUUGUACCAAGAUUAUUCUGCCAUUAGCGUGGUUGUCCCAGAGGUUUCUGACCCGCGAUACUCAUAAGCUAGCUGUGCCACUUAAAUACAAGUGCAUCAAACGUAAUUUAUUGCACUGACAGAAGAGAAACAAUUACCUGGCUCUGGAGAGUAACACACACAUUCCAGUUAAUGCUGCUGCUGCCAGCUGGCUUGGGGCAAAGCGCAGCCUGAGCUGGGGCCUGGCUGCCUGCCUUCCCCCUGUGGGACAGAGCUGGGAGUCCAGCAUGAGAACUGCUGGUGUGGGUGAUUCCAACAGCAUCAUUCCUGUUAGUAGGCCAGUGAUAUGCUUGGAAAUUUAAACUGAAAUGUUUAUCUAAAAGUGGUGUAGUUUUAAUAAAGGCAUUGACUGCUGAUCACUUCA